AUGUCUGCCGAAGAGGAUCUCAUUGACUACUCCGACGAUGAGCUUAACAACGAGACAGCCGCCCCGGCUGCCAACGGAAAAAAGGGCGAUGCUACUGCCGCCGGCCAGAACGUCGAUAAGAAGGGUUCUUACGUCGGCAUCCACUCGACUGGUUUCCGCGACUUUCUCUUGAAGCCUGAGCUACUUCGCGCCAUCGCCGAUUGCGGUUUCGAGCAUCCCUCGGAGGUUCAGCAGACGUGUAUUCCGCAGGCUAUGCUUGGUGGCGACAUUAUUUGCCAGGCAAAGUCGGGUCUCGGCAAGACAGCUGUCUUUGUUCUCACCACCCUGCAGCAAGUUGAACCAGUUGCCGGAGAGUGCUCGGUGCUAGUGAUGUGCCACACCCGUGAGCUGGCUUUCCAGAUCCGCAACGAGUACAACCGCUUCAGCAAGUACAUGCCAGACAUCAAGACUGGUGUGUUCUACGGCGGCACUCCUAUCCAGAAGGAUGCCGAGAUCCUCAAGAAUAAGGAGACGCACCCGCACAUCAUCGUCGGCACUCCCGGCCGUCUGAAUGCCCUCGUUCGGGACAAGAAUCUGCGGCUCGGAAGCGUCCGCAUGUUUGUCUUGGACGAAUGUGACAAGAUGCUUGAUCAGAUUGACAUGCGCCGUGACGUCCAGGAAAUUUUCCGUGCGACCCCCCAGCAGAAGCAGGUCAUGAUGUUUUCCGCUACGCUCUCUGACGAGAUCAAGCCCAUCUGCCGGAAGUUCAUGCAGAAUCCGACGGAGCACUAUGUCGACGAAGACACCAAGUUGACGCUCCAUGGUCUCCAGCAGUACUACCUUGCUCUUGAGGAGAGAGAGAAGAACAGAAAGCUCAACGAACUGCUCGAUGAGCUGCAGUUCAAUCAGGUCAUCAUCUUCGUCAAGAGUACAUUGCGUGCCACCGAACUCGACAAGUUGCUUCGCGAAUGCAACUUCCCUUCUAUCGCUGUCCACUCUGGUGUCAGCCAGGAGGAGCGUAUCCGUCGCUACAAGGAGUUCAAGGAGUUCAAUAAGAGAAUCUGCGUCGCUACCGACGUCUUCGGGCGUGGUAUUGACAUUGAGCGGAUCAAUCUGGCCAUCAAUUACGAUAUGCCCGCCGAUGCUGACUCGUACCUCCACCGCGUCGGACGUGCCGGCCGUUUUGGCACUAAGGGUCUCGCAAUCUCCUUUGUCACCACGGAGCAGGACAAGGAGGUUCUGCAGUCAAUCGAGAAGCGCUUCGAGGUGGCUCUUCCCGAGUUUCCCAAGGAAGGCAUCGACGCCUCCACUUACAUGGCGGCUUAA